UGUGGUGAACGGACUGUCGCUCGCUCGCCCUUCCCCCUUGUAGUCUGACGAUUGCCCUCCUCUCGCUCUCUUGCUUCUGUCUCUCCUUCAUCCCUUGAGUCUUAAGCGAAUGCGUGAACAGCGCCAAUUCUCUCGCUCGUGGAUAGAGUCGUCGCGAAGUUUUGUCUGCUGGUGAUAGUGGGAAAAAAAGGAAAAACAAAGGAAACGGUGGAAAUUAACUGCCAGUCGAACAUCAGUGUGAUUUGGGAUAAGGCAGCGGGAGAAAGAUAAAAAAAAAAAAAAAUAAAAAAAUAAGCGCGUGAAGAAAGACUGAUAAGAAUAUAUCACUAUACAGAAUGGAAGAGAGCGAGACAUUAUCAUAUCAUUGCUAUGAAAUACCAAACAGUGGUAGAUGCCCAAAGGAAAUAAUUUUUAAAUGACCAAUUCUUUAGGAAAAUAUAUACUUUGAAAUAUAUUACUUAUUAACAACAUAUGUAUUGUGAUUUGAUUUUAAUAAAGUUUGUGCCAAGUUAGUGUCCUGAGAAUUAUAUUUUGAUAACUGGGGAGGCAGUGUUAAAGAAAUUAAUAUAUGACUUAGUCACAGGAAUAUAAACACGAUUAAUUGCUGUUGUUCGUAAAUAGUUAUACUAUUUGAAUAUUGAGAGAACCAAGAUGCCUGGAAAUAACGUACAGUGCAAUAGUUGCUAUCCGUGUUGAUACUAUCCGUGCUGUAAGUGUCCUGAAGUUGGUGAUUUAUUGUAGUCUGGCUAAUUGUUUAUGAAUAUCAUUAGUUCGGUACCUCAUGCUCGGCCAAAGCAGGCCAACAAAAACUUUAGGUGCAGCCGCGGAGGAAAUUGUGGUGAUGCUGUCUUAGCUGACCUCUCUGUGGCUCCCUGAGCAACUCCAGAACAGACACAAAUUCGUUGUGUUCAAAGCCAGUACUGGGACCAUACAUGUAUGACUGGAAGGCGCCUCACACUGCCGCCCCAGGGGCUCCGGUACCCUUGCGGGGGUGCUGUGCAGCCACCUGCUACCCCCAUCAGCACCCCGGGAGUGGAAUACUUUCUCGCGAGAUCCUUGCGGACAACAGUAAGCGCUCGAACCUCCAGUUUCUCUCUGACGCUCAAGGCGUUGUUUUUCUUGAUGCUCACCUUGUCCCCGGGUGUGAAGGCAGCGGUCGGUGUCGCGACAAACCCCUCGUUGGCUGUACCAGUUGCUCAAGACAUUCGCUUUGGCAGGGACCACAAUUUCCGCCCACAACAAAGCCAUGUGUCGUCGAGGACGCACCAUGCCCAGGCCUCCUCGCCCCCUCGCCCGCCCUCACACGAAACCAACUCCAAGCAGACAGGCCAGAGUGCGGUGUCAAACACGGUCACCAAAAGCCCAGCAGAUAUGUGGUCUACUUCUCAUCGAACAGCCGCCCAAGCGAAUGCAGGCGGGCCCCCCACCUCCUCCUCUCUUCCCGUGCUGGAGCCUCAUCCUCGGGGCCAGACCCCCUUCGCGGGCUCUCGUCAGCAGUGGGGAGAAAGUGGACCCAUAGCAUCGCCGCUGACUCAUUCAUUAGUCGGGGAAUUAGAUAGUGGGGAAGAGUGUGUACCCUGCCAUUAUGGUAUGUAUAAAUAUUCUUCGGGGAAAAGUUACGGCAGUAGAGCCAAGUAUGUGGCCUCAUCAGACCGCCUGGAGGCGCCCCGACACACGUUUAUCGAUAGUGAUGGAUACAGAGGGAAAGCGUCUGCCGGAAUAAACGUGCAUAACAGGCUGAAUUCAAACCUCCUCGGAGAGGAUGUAAAAUUUAGUCCUAAGGGUCUACGUGGGGGGGACCGACCCAAUAUCUGGCCAUCCCAAAGCGGCCAGAAGUCACAGAACCUCCAGGAUGAAAAUCUCUGGCCAUUUCUUCCCGGCACCCAAGCGUUUGGGAACCAUAGAGACAAGAUAAAGCUUAAUCUUGACUCGGAUGAAACGCGUGAGGAUGCAAGGGAAGAACUCCACAUAAAAGCAGCAGCGGCGUCCAAUUUUUAUCAUUAUACGAACGCGAAAACUUCCAGAAAAUCUCGGCAGCGAAAAGCGCCAUCCAAACUAAUUUACACCCGCGAUAUGAGACGUGAUUCACGGUUCAAAGAACCCCCAUACCACCCCGCAUUAACGUCCUCCACACUCACGAAAAAGGGCCCACAUCGCUCACCAGAGGACGGGUCGUCGUCCAGAAACAGGAACGGCGAAUUUUUGGUCGAGUUCGGACUGGGUCAGACGGAGGAGGAGGAGGGGGAGGAGGAGGAGGAGGAGGGAGAGGAUUCGCUGUGGAGCAACGGCAUGGGACAGACCGAGGGAGUCGUCCUUGAUAACGACAACGACGACCGUAAAGACCAGGAGAAGUUCCAAGCUAGGGAUAGGGAUUCAGUGCAAUCGGGACACCCAAACGAAGGAGGAUUUCCCCCAAGAGACAGCUUAGUGAGCGGCGGAGAAAGAACGACCAGAUUUAAGGAGGAGAAGCACCCACUGGUUACUGAUUACGGCCGCAUAAACUUCGGAAGAUCGUUGCGCUACCGGAGGGAACGUACAGACCCCGGAAAUAAUGUGCUGGUUCUUCCUGACGCGGAACAGCGUGACGUGACGGUGGUGGAGGGCGGGCUGGCGGCGCUGCCCUGUGACCUCUCCCGCGAUGACCCCGAAGACGCCGUUCAGCUGAUUCUCUGGAUGAAGGAAGGAAUUAUCACCCCUAUAUACAGUUACGACCACCGCGAACUGCAGGCUGGACGACCUAAGCAGACCAAACCGGAUGCCAACACGACCUUAGCCAGGAGAACGACCUUUAGGGCUGACACCUCUCCUGCUGCUCUGCUGAUCGAGAGGGUUGAUGCUGACGAUGGGGGAAUCUAUCGCUGUAGGGUAGAUUAUCUACUUUCCCCGACACAGAACAAGAAGGUUAAUCUGACUGUCAUUGUGCCACCAAGCCGAGCCCGAGUCGCGUGGCACCUCGGGAACUCGGGAAUGAUGCCAGUGGAGAAUGGAGUGGCAGGCCCCUUUCAGGAAGCCACGCAACCUGUCCUCACCUGUUCGAAUGAUGACGGUUGGCCGCCCCCUGCAGUUUUGUGGUAUGAAGGAGAUAAGGUCCUUGACGAUACCUUCGAGGUCGACGAGAACGGAGCUACGGUCGAGAAUGAGCUGAGACUCGGUUCCUUGAUCCGAGGUGACCUGGGGCGGCGUCUCACCUGCAUUGCAACGAACACCAACAAGACUCAGCCUGCAACGACUACAAUCACCAUAGCAAUGACAUUGGGCAUCGUGAGUGUAAGAGUGGAAGAGGUUCCUCCAGUAUGGGCAGGGGAGAGAGCUGAAGUGCAGUGCAAAGUGUGGGGAUCACGCCCUCCGCCCACUGUGGUGUGGUGGCUGGGAUCGGUUAUGCUCUCCCCCACACAUACAAAGGUCAUGGACGACAGCAAUAUGACGAUGUCCACGCUGCACUUCACGCCUCAGCCCCAGGACGACGGCGCGAUGCUCAUCUGCCAAGCGACCAACGAGAAACUUCCAGACCAGGCGGUGCAGGACUCGCGCUUGCUCACUGUUAAUUAUGCUCCCUUGGUCGACGUUCAGUUGGGUCGCUCCCUCGACCCCCUUCGUAUCAAAGAGGGGGAUGACGUCUAUUUCGAAUGCACAGUGAGGGCGAAACCCAACAUUUUCAAGGUGGAAUGGAAGCAUAACGGUGUCAAGCUAGAGACGGGUGUCGGUGUGUUCGUGUCGAAUAUGUCCCUCGUUGUGCAGAGAGUCACCCGAGCUCACGGCGGCGACUACACGUGUGAGGCUACAAAUGUCAAGGGAACAUCUUCCUCUCCGCCUCUCCACCUGGAUGUGAAAUAUGCGCCUGUCUGUGCAACGCAGCAAAAGAUGCAACACUCGGUGGCUAAGAUGGAAAAUGCUGAAAUCUCUUGCAAAGUGCACGCUAAUCCUCCUAAUGUAACCUUCCGCUGGACUUUCAAUAAUACAGCCGAAGCCAUCGAUGUUCCGGAAGGAAGGUUCGGCGUGGUGGGUACGGAGUCGAGGGUAAACUACACGCCCAUGAACGAGCUAGAUUAUGGCACUCUCCUCUGCUGGGCCAACAACUCCAUCGGCAUCCAGAGCCAGCCUUGUGUCUUCCAUAUAGUAGCAGCUGACACACGCAAGAGACCGUCCCAUAAUAGCAGCCCUGACGCUCCCAUCCAUCUCGCAGGCAAGCCGGACCCGCCGCACAACUGCCGUGUGUUCGACGUCACAAUCAGCUCCUUGCAGGUGACGUGCCUGGCGGGGGAUGAUGGCGGACUCACUCAGAACUUUCUCCUGCAGGUGUACCAAAUCGGCUCGAGUUCCCCCGUGGUCGAGGUCACCCGCCCGUCUCCCUCCUUCAGCGUCGCCAACCUCCGCCCUGCCAACGCCUACAAGAUCAUUAUCGCCGCCAUUAACGACAAGGGCGCCUCUCACGUGACCGAAUUGAAGGCUUACACCGUCAAGGUUCCCGAGACACAGGAGGAGACGAGCGCAGAGCCGACGCGCGACAGGGGGCGUGGUACGAGCGUGCCUCUGGCGGUGAUGGUGGGCGGCGGGCUGGCUGCAGUGCCAGUUGUGGUGGUGGCAGCUGUCCUCAUCUGGCUCAGGGUUUGUCGUAGGGCUGCUGGAAAUGGUGGCAGCGAGGACGGCAGCUCGGAGGGCAGGGACCGACGGCCCUCCAGCCACAGCAAGGACGGCGGCUCCACGGACCUGGCGUCGGAGGUCACGCAGGCGGACGAGAGGAACCCUGACAUCAUCUCUCACACUCCUGAUCCGACCGAGUGUGUGGAGAAAUGCGGAGACAUCGCUACCAUAUCGACAACUUCGUCAUUUUAUCUACCUAAUGGCGGUCCAAAAUAUCCAUCUGCUGCUGCAACAGCACCUGUGGCCUCGUCUGUGGCUGCUGUUGUCACACCUGCCCCUGCGACGGGGGGUGUGAUGGAGUACCCACAGAUCGUGUGUUCAGAAGCCAGCCUCUCCCAUGUUCCUGUUCAUUCCCACGCCCAUACGACAGGUCACACGGUCAUCAUCCCCCGCGUCCACCCUGCAACUCACGCCCACACUACAACCCACGCCCACUCGCCCCCUUGCGGUACUAAUGUUGUCACUUCGCAAGUGCCUUAUUUUCCUGAGGGACAACAGACGCAAGUUAUGGACGUGCCCUUGCCACCCCCCUUGUCCUACAAUCAGGGUUACCAGCCUAGCGAGCACGACUACCAGCCCGCUAGCAGCCAGUGUUACUCCACCUUAGAACGUAAGAGACACCAGCAGGGCUGUCCGCAGCAGGGAUUUCAGCACAUCCCUGGCUUUCAGGCUGAGGCUCUGCACUACGAGGCGAGUCAGCAGCCCGCCUUUCCUCACCUCUACCAGACUCCGUCGGGGAGUUACUCGCAGACGCCCCGCGGGUCCCAGUACAGCUUAUCCCAGUACCAGGGCGCACUCGUCCAGGGCGGCCACCCGUCGAUGGACUCCCCUUCGCAGAGCCACCAGGGCACCCUCAGGAGGGGGUCGUCGAAGAAAGGCCCCAAGCCGGAACCGCCCCUGGCGAGCGUCGCGGCGCCCCCGAUGGCCUCCGUGCACCACCACCACCAGUGUGACAUCCACGGCCCUCAGGGGGCCCUCGGGGGCGAGUCGAGUGGCACUCUGAGGAGAAGCAGGCGGGAGGGCGAAGGCCGGGCGGAUCCUCGGAGUUCCGCAGACGGAGUGGAGCUGUCGGGGGAGAAGUCGAGCGCCCCGACGCCCUCGGCCAGUAGGAAAAACAAGCGGGAAAGCGCCGUGUGAGGACGGGCUACGGCGAGCAGGGUGCCUCGUCCUGCGCCAGACAGGUCGCUCAGCUCCGUCGUGGCCGUGGCGGUCGUUCUGAGUGAAUCCCGUUCCGGUGAGGAGACUCUGGGGUUCGUGUUCGUGGAUGAACUUCCCGGUUCUUAAGAUAGCAAAUAAAUGUGUUGUAAGCACUUGAUCGUAUAUAACUGUUCAUUAUAUGAAACAAUAAAUGAUGAAAUAUAUAUCAUGCGAAAACGAAAGUAAUUGAUACGUACAUGUUUAUAUGUAUGGACACACACACACACACACACACACACACACACACACACACACACACACAC